AUGGGGCCCCCAGGUAAUAGGGGAUCAUGGGGCCCCUGUGUCCUUGCCCAAACUCAAAAAAGCCUAUGAAAAAGGUACCAGGGGCAUCUCAUGGGGCCCCCCCCCCCCCCGGGCAAACCAUACUGGAACAUAGCAAACUGCACCGGAAUGGAGUAGGCUGUAGAGUCUCCCGCCCAGGGGUGGACUGACAACUCAUGGGGCCCCCGGGCAAUAGGGGAUCAUGGGGCCCCUGUGUCCUUGCCCAAACUCAUAAAAGCCUAUGAAAAAAGGUACCAGGGGCAUCUCAUGGGGCCCCCUACUGACCCCGGGCCCUCGGGCAGUGCCUGAGUUUCCAAAUGGUCAGUCCGCCCCUGCUCCCACCCCAAACGUUU